ACACACGGCGUCCCAUAGUAUUUAAGGUUCAAGUCAUAUUUCCGUUUCACGACUCAAGAUGCUGUUGCACCAUUAGUAGAAAUGGGGCCAAUACACACCUUCAAGAUGAAACCAUUAGGAUCCUUGCUGAUCAUCUUGGUCAUCUUUAUUCUUGUCGAUGGUCGUGGGAUAGAUGUUGAUACAGGAGGAGGUGAGAUUCAUCAGGAAGAUAAAGAUUCACAGGCAGAGAUAACAGAUGAUGGGACGGGGCUACUUAAACUUAGUCAACAUGAACAGCAAAUUUUACAUGCACUGUUAGGAGGAAUUGGUCCAGUAAUACUGCCUAAUGAUUCUGAGCCAUCAAAUCUAGCUGAUGAUAAACUUUCUCCAGACCGUGAUGUAAGGCAAGCUUCAGACGAUGAUUGGCCCCCGCCGAUUCCAGAACAGAUUCAUAUAGCAUACGGUGACAUGCCCUCCGAGAUGGUCGUUAUGUGGUCUACUCCAUCUAUUGGAUCUUCAGAGGUUGUGUAUGGCAACGCUCCUGAGAAUUUCACCCUCAAUGCCACAGGAGAAUACCAAGAACUUAUAGACUGGGAAGGCAACUUUGAUGGAGUGAAAUUCAUUCAUCGUGUGAAGUUAGAGGGUCUAACUUCAGGAGAGUCGUAUUCAUAUAGAGUUCAGACUGAUAAUGAACAAAGUCAAUCGUAUACAUUCACUGCAAUGCAACAAGGAACUGACUGGUCCCCUACUCUGCUUGUAUACGGUGAUAUGGGUCUGAAGGGUGGUGCACCUAGCCUUCGUCUGCUGAAUAAAGCAGCCAGAGAGAGAUUAGCUGAUGCUGUCAUCCAUGUUGGUGAUUUUGCUUAUGACCUUCAUGAUGAAGAGGGCAAGGUUGGUGAUGAUUUUAUGAAUCGUAUUCAAGAUAUAGCUGCUGUACUUCCUUACAUGACAUGUCCUGGUAAUCAUGAAAUUGCGCAUGAUUUUGUUCACUAUCGGUACAGGUUCUCAAUGCCUCGAUCUGAUUGGCCAAUGGGAGAUGAGAUGUGGUAUAGCUUUGAUAUGGGCAAGGCUCAUUUUGUCAGCUACUCUACUGAAAUUUACUUUGCUGGAUACCCUGAUACUCAGCGUCGUCAGAAACGAUGGCUCCGGAAGAACCUUGAGAAAGCCAAUGAAAUGAGAGGCGUGCGUCCCUGGAUCAUUGCAUUUGGUCAUCGUCCAAUGUACUGCUCUAAUUUAGAUAGAGAUGACUGUACGAAGGAAGACUCCAGAGUCAGGAAAGGACUGGAAGAUCUGUUUUAUGAGUAUGGUGUUGAUCUGAUCAUUGAAGCUCAUGAGCAUUCCUAUGAAAGAUUCUGGCCGAUGCAUCAAGGUGUGGUCACCGCUAAGCAUUACAAGGAUCCCGUAGCGCCUGUUCAUGUCAUCAGUGGUGCCGCCGGCUGCAAUGAGUUUAAUGGUGUCUGUGUUAACCCUAUCUUGGGACCAAGAGGAGAGUGGUCAGCCUACCGAUCAUGGAUACCAGGUCUGUAUGGGUUUGCUCAUCUGCACAUAGCUAAUGAAACACAUCUGCUCUGGCAGCAGAGACUAGCCGUCAGUGAUCAGGUAGAAGACGAGUUCUGGAUUGAACAAAGUCGUCAUGGUUACUUCCCACCGUCAACAAGAUGAGAUAUUCUCAAGAUGAGACAUUGUGAUGAUGAGACAUUCUAUAAAGACAAGACAUUUAAAGAUGAGACAUUAUCAAUGGAAUUUCUCUCCUCGAUAUUACUGAUGAUACACAUUGACAUGAACUCUCUAACAGAGAUUAGCUGUGAGCAAUAAAAGAUGCGAGGAGUUCUGACCUAAUUGUCGUGGCUCCGUUCCACCCUCAACAAAAUGAUUCAUUCCCAGGCAGAGACAUUCUCGAGUUUCUCACCUUUUCAUAGCUGAUACCAUGAUAUGAAGUCUCUAAACGAGAUUAGCUGUAAACAAUUAAAGACAGGAUGAGCUCUGGAUUGAGCCAAAUCUUCAUAUCAAGUACUUCCCUUUAUCCACAUGAUAGUACUUUCUAAUUGGUUUUUGACCAACAUUUUUUUAUGGAACCGACGUACUAAUUGCUUCUGUUGAAUGGGCCAUCUUGCGCAUCUUGCUUGUCUGGUGGUAUUUGAUUAGUCAGCUUAUCAAUGAGGAUUAUUCUUUAGAUUACCGAUUUCUUCAAAUACUGUAAACCAUGUAUUCUAAAGAUCGACAGUAGGACUACCGGAUAACUGUCCUCCUUUAAUGUAAUGUUUAAGGACGUUCCACAGUUAAAGUGAAAUCCAUGUCAUUUUUACCAAACUUUGCACAUAGAUACUUUAGAACCUUAAUAUUCGAAAUAUGCAAAAAUUAACAUAGGUCCAUGUGCUUGAUUUUUUGCUAUAGAGCUUCAAAGUUCACCCAAAUUGAUGUUCUUAAGAAUUGCGCAUUCAAAAGAAUUUGGCAUUUUUAGACCGCCCAAGAUUACUACAAUGAGUUUAAACCUCUAUUACUCAGUCAAAAUACAUGAAAAAGUCAUCAAACUUCGCAAGAGAGUUAAUGAUUGUAUCGUUAGAAUGGAGAAUAAUCUAUAUAUAGUGCUAUUUGUUUGCAAUUUUAAGUUUAACAGCACUUUUAGUUCUUAAAAAUGGCGUAAAAGAUAACAAAAUCCCAAUCUACAAAAUGUAAAAUUUCAGUAACAAACUACAAACGUACAGUAAAUGCUGCACUUUAUUCAAAAUCCAUGUCAUUUUCACCAAAAUUUGCAGAGUUGUAGAGGAAGGUAUACCUAAGAGGUACAAACAUUAAAAAAUAGGGGUUCAUGUGCUUGUUUUUAAACUAUCAGCAUUUUUAUUAGAGCAGAUGUGCUUUUUAAAACACCAAAAAUGCGCCGAAUGCUUAGUAUCUAUGUGAAGAAAAAAUCAAAACCACUCUACCAUUCAUCAAACUCGGGGUAAUAUUCGUGAUUCUUGGCAGCACUGCAGAGUAAAGUAUUUUGAAAUUGUAGAGAAUAUUUUUUUGAAUGGUCCAUGAAAUAAUUCAAUUUUUUAGCUUCAUGAAAUAACGCAUCGGAUCUGUAGUUAAAGUGCAGAAGAUGAGAAAAAUCAGCUCAUAUCCGCAGCUAAUUAAUCACCUGUUCAUCCAUUGUGACGUCAGCGCGCAGAGUGUAAACUAUGCGCAGAUCAUAAUGCGCACAAACAUAACUGUGGAACGUCCUUAAGGCAUCCCAUUAUUACAGUGCCUCUUGCCAUUGACACCACUUUCAGGGGGCACUGCAAGGAUAAGAAUACAGGUGGAAAGAGAAAAAAAAGGAGAAAAAAUAUAGAGAGCAUAAUCUAAUGAACAAAAUCACUGGCCCCCAAACUGAAAGACGGCAUAUUUCAUUGCUUCUACUGGGGUUAUAUGUUGGAAAG